CAAGUUGGCGGGCGGCGGGAGAGGGGUCUGCGCGCCCGGGCGCCACUGCUUUGUGCGCGCAGUGAAGGACUCGGUCCCUGGUUCUCCCAGACCUGGGACCCGGUGUGCGGGGAGGGUUGGACAAGCCGUGGAGCGGAGCAGUUUCCUCCGAGAAAGUUGAGGAUGGAGCCCUUCUUUCCGCACUGUCCCCGGGGUAGGAUGAGCCCCCGAGGGUGCCGCCCCGAGGCCCCAGUGUGGAGGAGCCGAGAGGGUCGCUGCGCCCCUGGGCUGAGUUCCUCCACCCCUGGCUGAAAUCCGCGAAUCACCAGAUUUUCGCUUCCGUGGCGUCUUCUAGGAAAACCAUUCCUGCCAAAACUGAGGAAACUCGCUGUGUGCCCUCCUCAGUUUUCUACAAUGAGUGCCAAGUCUGCCAUCAGCAAAGAAAUUUUUGCACCUCUUGAUGAAAGGAUGCUGGGAGCUGUCCAAGUUAAGAGGAGGACAAAGAAAAAGAUUCCUUUCUUGGCAACCGGGGGUCAAGGAGAAUAUUUAACGUAUAUCUGCCUGUCAGUGACAAACAAGAAACCCACGCAGGCGUCCAUCACGAAGGUCAAGCAGUUUGAAGGCUCCACGUCGUUCGUGCGGAGGUCGCAGUGGAUGCUUGAGCAGCUUCGCCAGGUUAACGGCAUCGAUCCCAAUCGGGAUUCUGCAGAGUUUGAUCUGUUGUUUGAAAACGCAUUCGACCAGUGGGUAGCCAGCACAGCCUCAGAAAAGUGCACCUUCUUCCAGAUCCUCCACCACACGUGCCAGAGGUAUCUCCCGGACAGGAAGCCGGAGUUUAUCAACUGCCAGUCCAAGAUCAUGGGAGGAAACAGCAUCCUCCAUUCGGCGGCCGAUAGCGUGACCAGCGCCGUGCAGAAAGCAAGCCAGGCCUUGAAUGAGCGCGGGGAGCGGUUAGGCCGAGCGGAGGAGAAGACGGAAGACAUGAAAAACAGCGCCCAGCAGUUCGCGGAGACUGCACACAAGCUUGCCAUGAAGCACAAAUGUUGAGAAACUGCCUAUCGCAGCAAUGACCCUCUCGAGAGAAAUGGAAGUUUGCUCAGCGGUUUUUACAAGAAUUCCAGACCUCUGCUUGCUUUUUUUUUCUCCCCCCCAGUAUAUGGACAUUUAGGGGUUUUUUGCUUUUCCUUUUCAGAUGUUAAUAUGAAAGAAAAGAUGUUGUGUUUAUAUAUUUCACUAAGGAUCAUGCUAAGAAAUUGCUGCAGUGGCAUCAGCUUUUUAUUUUUUCCACUGUAUGUAUGUCUCCAUAUGUGUCUUCUCCUUCUUUUCAGCUUUUUUUUUCAAUAGUUUUAAUAUGAUAUUUGGACCAAAUGCUAUGCUGAGCUGGGUCUAAACUGGCAACAUGUUGUUGUCUUUUUUUCUUGAUAUUAAACCAGAGGGGCGCCUGGCUGGCUCAGUCGGUAGAGCACUCAACUCUUGAUCUUGGGGUUGUGAGUUCAAGCCCCACUUUGGGUGUAGAUAUUACUUUAAAAAAAAAAUGUGGUAUUAAGCCAGAAGACUUUUCAUAUGGCGACAUCAGAUGUUCUUGUUCCUGGUUGGAAAUCAGAGUCAAGCAGUGACUGCCACUUUGUCAUUGCUUCUCUCAAGUCUCCAAGCCACUCUUCAUUUGAAGGUUAAGAUUCUAUAUCCUGAAACGUAAGUCUGUAUUAUGGCAAACAAUUGGAUUUAUCAGGGGAAAUAUCAGUCUUAGAUUUUGCUUUUUAUGUAGUAAACUUUUGCAUGAGCCAUCACCAGCAUUCAAAAAAAAAAAACAAAAGCAAAAACAAAAAAGUCAGAAUGACAGAUAGAAACCUACUUUCUGAGCUACAGUUUAAAUACUUCCAGGACUUGUUUCCAUGCUGAUUAUUUGCAGUUAUCAUAGAAAGGAUAAAAACUUGAGAUGAAAGACGUAAGGAAAAGCCUAUUUAAAAACCUCUGUGCAUUCAUGGAUGUCUCUUUGUCAUUGCCCCGAAUGACAGCAGCCGAUAUUGAAAAGAGCUUGGAUUUUUAUCAAGAACUGAAUUGUCCAGAUAAAAGUCUGUGUAAAUGAUAAUGUGAAAAGAUACUGCUUUAAAAUCUCUUUUCUUUUUGCAAAGUCAUGCCUAUUUUAGAAACACCCUCACCAUAUCCUUGGGAAAUGGCCUUCAGUGUUUCAGUAUCUGAUUUUUUUUUUGGAGGUUCUGAUGUUGUUAUUUGCUAUUUAUUUAAUGUAAUUUAAAGUAUGGGUAUCUUGACAGAUUGUAUUUCAUGGCCAUUGCAACUUGCCCGGUCUGACCUGAAACAUGGCCAUGAACCCUUUACACUGCAGUCAGAUUGAAUAAAGUUGGUUCCCACACCUCCUGAUUUUGCAUUACUCCAGAGAGUGCCGGGUUCGGAGUUUGGGAGUUUUCUUUCUCUGAGGGUUAAACGCUAAACAUAAAAGCUGUGCUUUUUCUUCGUGAAACAAGGAGGCAAGCUGCACAUCCCAGACACAGUCCCAGCCUCCCGCUGCAGAGCAUUGAUUUCUAAGCUGCCUGACUCUUGAGAACCCCUUUCUAAUCCUCCUACCCAUUGAGCCGACUGAGUCCACGCAUUGUAGCCUCUUAUACAGCAGCACAAGAUGACUUUGGGAUUAUUUAUGCUGAUUUAAAUAGCUUAAUUUCUCCUGAUAAAACAUUCCCUGGGAGACAAAGUUGGGCUAUAGGGGGGAAAAAAUUAAAUUAUCUUAGACAGUGCAUGUCAAAAAGAAGAUGGGGUUUGCUGGAGACAAAUUUCUGAAUCCUCUUAGGAAGAUAGUCCAGUUCAAGAAAACUCUAAUAUGGUAAACUAUAUAAGUUUAGUCUAAUAUUUUGUACUUUCAGUGUCCAAAAAGGUCAAAGAAGCAAGGAACUUGCUAGCUCUCUGAUGAGUACCAACAGAAGCAUUUAUAAUUUCUAAGACCCAAAACAUCACUCGAAAUGGGUUUUGUUUGCAGACCUCAGUUCAGAAAAUACACACACACAGAUAGAUAUAUUCAUCUUCCAAAAUUGGAUUCUAGCUCCAGAGAUAGAUAGUUGGUAUAAAUAAUUGAAAGGGUAAAUCUAAAACCUCCCAACAACUGGCCAAACUCAAAAAUAAAGUUUUUUGCCAACUACCUAACUAGGGGGUUUGCGAGCUGCCUCUAAAGAAGGGGAGGAGGAGGGGGGCAUAAGCACACCGGGAACUUCAGCUGUUUCCUCCCGUAGAAUUGCGAUAGUUAGCUUCAUAAAUGUGAGUAUGCCGUGUCUUGCCCUCUUGCUUCACUCUCUGUUUAUCCUUUUAGACUUCAGUCUUACUGGAAAUAGCUCGGACUAGAAGAAACACCUCUAUUAGCUCCCUCUGUUGAUUUGCUUCCGGGGCGCAGCCAUGCCCUUGACCUCCCUGGGUCAACGGCCUACCUAGGCCUCCACCCCAGCAAGGCCAGGACGGCAAGCCCCCAUCUUUCCUUCACCUCCUAACCUCUUGCAGAGCUGCCCCAUGAUGACACGUGAAGUUCUUUGCUAUCCUUUUGUAGAAGGUGCUGUGACACAGAAUAUUAAUACAGUCUGAUCUAGAGCAAAUCGCUAAAAUGUCAUAUUCUUUGGGACCAAUUCGUCGGGUGAAGCUGCUAGAAGACAGCUUAAUUUGUUUCACGUCUGCACUUCAUCAUGAGUUUUUGGGAUACUCUCUCUCUGUGAAGGACUUCUUCAGUUGUGCUGACAACACAGAGAGAAAAGAAGAAGCUUCCCAGUAUUACCACUGCUUCCUGGAACGUAGCCGUAGGAGUCCUCACUAGUAUUAGAUAAUCUGCGUACAGGACGUAUACAGUUAUUCAGGUUAAUGUUUCAUAUUAAAGAAUGUAUUUGUAAAAUGUAACAACAUCAGUAGUUAACUUUUUUUUAAGCUCUGAAAAAGAUUGUGUUAGACUUAAAAUUACAGUGAAAUCUGUCUUAAUACUACUAUUUUUGUGGCUAACCAAGGUUGUGCAUUUAUGUAAAAAUAUUUACAGAAUGCCCUCGAUAAGAGAUAUGAAAAUAGGUUUUGCUUUUCAUUUUUAGAAUCGUAACACCGCUGCUGUCUGUUGUACAGUUAUUAACUCUUCAGAAGUUUCUCUAGGGUGUCAAGUAUAAUUUUUGUUUCUUUCAGAGACAAGUAACCCCUGCUCUAUGAUUCGUGAUUACAGUUAACUCUAAUUUUGUCAUUAAAUAUUUUAACUC